CUCAAUUUUUUAAGAGUCUUCUUCAGUCAAAAUGUCCAUCACUCAAAUUCAAAAAAAAAACUCCCCCAAAAACACAGACUAAAUAAACAAACAAAGUAUGCACUUUGUCAAAGAUUUGUCUUCUUCCAAUCGAACUCGAAAAGUCGUUGCCCUUUCUCCCCAAAAAACACAGAAAUUAAAACCGAAGAAUUCCCAUUUCCAGGCGCAUUUUGUUUCGGUAGGAGUUUAUUUUUGUUUCAGGCGCAAAAUUUUUGGACUCUCUUAGUAUCUUGGAUAUUUAUUUGGUUUAUAUUUAGUCAACUUCCCGGGUUUGCUUCUUAAAACGGCUUUAAAAAUGAAUAUUAUGAUUUCCUUUUGAGAUUUCAAAGAAAUUUUAAUUACUUGGAAUGGAAUGACUGCCUUUAAUAGAGAAAAUGAAACUUAGACCCUUGUAAAGUAAGCCAACUGGUCUUGGUUAAGUGAAUUUUAAUUAAAAAUGCCAAGGACUUGGAAACGCCUCCAAAAUUAAGCCAUUAGGGAAAUCAAUUAGCGCUCUCCUAUAAAAUGAAUCCCUCAGUCCGAACUUGGAUUAAUCAAAGUUUGAAAGUGAAAAAUGGACUACGAUCUUGUGCGACCAGUGCGAAUCCUUACUGGUAUUCUGCGGGUUUUCCGCCUAUGGCCCAAGGAUGACACCUUGGCGGGAGAGGACUGGGCCAACUGGAAGGCAUAUUCGCUACAUGUGCCCUUCACCCUGCUCUUUGCGGCCUCCAUGUGGGUGGAGGUUAUACUGAGCGACGAUAUGCAGCAUACCUCCGAUGUGCUGCUAAUCUGCCUGACCACCACAGCCCUGGGAGCUAAGAUUCUAAAUAAUUGGAAACUGUCCCAUGUGGCCCAAAGACUCCUCCACGAAUGGAGCACCCAGGACCAGUUCAAGCUGAAGAGCAUGAAGGAGGUGGAAAUGUUUCAGUUCGAGCACCGCCGGUUCACCAGAGUGUCCAUCUUCUACAUAAUGAGCAGCUUUGCAGUCAUACCGUUUAUAUGCAUUCAGCCCCUGUUUGACUUUCCCAACAAGCUGCCGUUUUACAUGUGGACACCCUUCGACUGGCAAAAUCCGGACCUGUUCUGGUAUACCUUCAUAUACCAAGUCAUAACCAUAACUAUCGUUUGCAUCUGCAACGUGACGUUGGAUGCCGUCAACUGGUAUCUGAUGUUGCAUCUCUCACUUUGCUUCAGGAUCUUGGGCGAGAGAUUGACGUCCCUACGCCACGGGGAUAAGAAUGUUCGGGAAAAGUUCCUGGAGCUGGUGAGACUUCAUCAGGGUCUGAAAAGGCAGGCCAGGGACAUCGAAAACUAUGUGUCGAGGAGCACUUUCACCCAGAUAUUGGUCAGUUCCCUGAUCAUCUGCUUCACCAUCUACAGUAUUCAGAUGAGUCCCAUCAAGCAGGACUUCGGUAGAUUCUAUGGCAUGGUUCAGUACUUGUCCUGCAUGGUUAUGCAAAUACUUAUUCCCAGUAUUUACGGCAACAAUGUUACUUAUUCAGCUGACAAGUUACCGAAUGCUCUGUACAACUCCGAUUGGCCAGAUAUGAGUCCUCAAAUGCGUAAAUUCGUUCUCAUGUUUAUGAUGUAUCUGAAUCGACCAGUGAUCCUCAGAGCCGGUGGCUUCUUCGCAGUGGGACUGCCACUCUUCACAAAGACCAUGAACCAAGCCUACAGCCUACUGGCCUUGCUGCUCAACAUGAAAAAAUAGAAAGAAACCACUCUCAGAUUUCUAUUUUGGAUUUUAGAGCAUAUAUUUCGCAGCUCGUUUGGAGAUUUAUUGCCGCACAACUCGUUAUGCAAAGAUCUAAAAAUAUAUAAAAUAUAUGUAGUAGCACUGCACCAAGUACACGUAUUCCUUCACAUAUAUAUCGUACUAUAUGCUUUGUAUGCAGCUCGAAAAAUUUGCAAUUGCAAGUGACGAAAAUAAAAUUCAAAUUUUUUCACGAUUUUGAGGGGAAACUGCGCCGGGAGACUUUGGGAAAACGUGUGGUUUCCAAAUAAACACUGAGGGGCCCAGAAUAUUUACAUACAGUGCGUUUCACAUACAUAGGAAUGGAUUUCUCUUCUAAAAUAUUUGAAAAACUUGUGAAAUGAUUUUAAAAACUUGUAACUGACUGUAAGCCUACGUAGAGCAUUGAGUAAAUAUUGUAAGUUGUUGAAAACAAAGAAUAAUCACAAUCGCCCGGGAUCACGACCCCUCUAUAUGAGUGUGAGUGACUGAGAUGGGUUCCUCAUGUGCCGCCAGGGCGAUAAGAGAGUUGCAAUGAUAAUCCAAUAAAAUCGUCACUCCUAUGCCUCAAACUGUUUUUAUUCAAUUGUAUUUAAUGUGGUUGAAUCAUUAAAUACUCUCAAGUAAAAAUAUAUACAUAUGUGGGAGUGCAGCACGAUCCGAAAAUAAACUUCAGUUCCCAACCAGAGUUGGGGUUGAUUUUUAUUAAGAUUUUUGCAUCUCCGCCUCGGCUUCCGUCUUUGGCACCACCCUCAAGGGAAUAACUCAAAAUAAGAUUCGAAAAACCCAGAACAUCAUGUAAAUAUUUUGAGUUAAAGCCAUAAAUAUUUAUGUGAGAAAAGUUCCCCCAAAAGCUUCAAGCUUUCUUUUAAUUCUCAAUGCAAUAUGCAACCGAAUGUUGCCACAGAUUUUCACACAUUGUUCAUAAACACAAACAUUAAUCGACGUAAACAAA